GUCUCGUGGGGAAAUCACACGGAAGAAAGAUGUGAUGGACGAGGAUGAUCUGAUUGAGAGGGAACUAGAAGAUGGUGUUGAAUUGGCAGUAGAGGACGAGAAAAACAAGCGUGAUAGAAGGCAAAGCUGGUCAAAAUAUGAGAAUUUAGAUAAUGAGGAAAUUGGAGAUGGAAACCACUUGAGCAUAAAGGGGCAAUCGUCAAGGGGAUUGGAAGUGGUGGAGAAUGCAGAAGAGGGAGAGAUGUUAGAUGAGGCUUCACCUAUUUUGAACAGCCGUAAGAGAAAAGGCGGAAGUCCACUGGAGAGGCAGUUAGAGGGGAAGAAGAGGCACGAUUACAACCACGACUCAAUAGAAGAUGGACACAGGAUGAGUCGGGUUAGUUAUGGAGAUAGGGAGCACAGAAGGCAUUCUCAGGAGAAUCAUUUGUGAGUGAUAAGACUUGCAUACAUGGGCAGUAGUACAAUCUGUAGACAGUCGGUUCGGUUUAUUGAAAAGAUAUUUAUAUUUGUUUGAUUUGGAUUAUCAUGUAAGCCUUAAGUCACAUGGCCAUGGUAAAAGUAAAAUGAUGUUGAGGGAUGAGGAGGAUGCUUCAAUUUUCAUCACGGCAGGGCUGCUGAGAGAGGUAGGUAAGUAAAGAGUAUAUUAUGUUAGUCAGCAUCCGGAACUGAGCCCAGAUCCUCUCCGCUCCUCCCUGGAUAUAUAUAAAUAUAUAUAUUUUAUGCUUUGCGAAUGUGCUAGCAAGGAUGAAGAAUGAACGAACGAAUGAAUGUAAGUGCUUUUGCCACAUUUUUGGAGAACAUAUUAUUGUUUGUUAAUUAUAUCAAAACACCUUCAAUUUUUAA